AUGGUACAACACUUAUACGAAUAUAAACAUGCAAUAAUUAACAAAUCUCUCGACUCCAAAAAGGGGAAAAAUCCAAACGCUCGAUCAUUCAAGAAUUUGAAAGAUUGGUAUUCUGCAUUGAAUGAUUAUGAAUUCCAAUCUAGAUGUCCUAUUGUUUUGAAAAAUUCUCAUGAGGAUAGAUAUUAUACUUUUAUCUGUAGUAGGAAACAUUGCCCCUUCAAGAUUAUUUUGGCUGCUUAUAUUGGUGAGAGAAGAAGGAAGAGGGAAAAAGAAAUACGGAACGAUAGGGGAGAAAGACAGAGAAAUGGUGAAGAUGAUUUUGAAGAUGCUAUUGAUGCAGCUAUUGCGUCUGUAAGGGAUCCUACUGAGAAAAACUAUUUUGAUUCUGAUUCCGAUUCCGAUUCACAUCCCGAGUUUUCAUCCAGUAAUGAUGAUGAUGAUGAUGAUGUAUAUGGAGAUGAAGAUGGACAAAGUGCUCUGAAAUCAUAUUAUAUGGUUAAUUCAAUUGAACCAUUCCAUAACCAUCCAUUGGAUAAUAAUAUGACUUUAAGAAAAUUUGUUCUAACUAAAAUAUCAAAAAUAUUACAAUACGAUUUGAAUUUUGACGCAUUUUUACAAAAAUAUUAUAAGAAUGAGGAAGAUAUUGAUGAUGCAUUAGAUCAGUUCAGUAUCUCCUCAUAUGUGGAAACAUCAGGCUUGUUGAAUAUAUUAAAAGAUAGAUAUGGGAUGUCGAGUUUUGAAUUGGAUAAGAAAAUGAUUUCAGAAAUUGGUGUCCGUGUAGCCGGUUAUAAAUCUCGAUUUCUUAGUAAAUGGAAAAAGGAACUUCAAUUGAGAAGGAAAGAAGAAGAAAAUGGAUACAUAGAUGAUUCAGACCUCGAAACCAUGAACAACGCUGUGAAAGAUUCCGAAGAAGAAACAGAUAGGCGCCAACGCAAAAGAAGGAAAAUAAAGAGGAAAGUCACUGGUGAAGAAUCAACGCUAGGUCAAGAAAAGACUAGUAUCUUUUUGUUAAAACCAUCGAAUGCAGAUGAAACAUCUAUUCUAUCUGUAGAUGACACAUCAUUGCUUGAACAGAAUAAACAAUUACAAAAAAUAAUUAUCAAAAAUAGUACCGAAAAUGAUAGUGACGAUCCCAACAAAUCCGCAGAAAAGAGUACUGAUUUCAAUGAGACGUUAAAAAUACUAUCUUACCAUUUAAAAAGAUCCAGAAAAACUUCCAAUAGAAAUGAACGUAGUAAUGGUGGACUUAUUUAA